UCGCUCUGGUACAAUCACAGAGAUGUGUUGUCUCUGUCAUGGCUGCCGUCGUGUUGGCGGAGUCUGUGUUGGUUUGGAGUUCAUGAGAGAUUCGGGCGACAAGGCGAACGCUGGUGCUAUCAUGAGCCAAGGAACAUUAAUAUCUGUACUGUUACCUUAGAGCUUUCCGAGUAAAGUGACCGGAUUAUUAACGUCAUCUGUAAAAAGAAGUCUCCAAUUACACAUUUAUUACAGGGUUCCAAUACCUUUUACUUGUCCAUUAUACUGUCAGUCUCUGAGCCAUGGCGUCCUGGUUUGGGGGCUUGAGCUCUGGUAUUGGCCAGUCACUGGGACAGGUUGGGGGUAGCUUGUCAUCCAUCACUGGACAGAUUUCAAACUUCACAAAGGAUAUGCUACUGGAAGGAGCCGAGGAGGUGGGAGAUGUUAAUACUGAGCUUCAAGUUUCCAACUCAAAGCUGAGAGACAUAGAGAAUGUUCAAACCAUGCAGAGAUCAGAGAAUGAAAGGCUGAGGAAGCUUUGUACUGAACUCGAGGAGAAACACGAAACAGCUGAGCUCCAGGUUAAACAGCAGUCCCUAGAUUUCAGGAAUCGUCUGCAGCAAAAAGAGGUGGAAGUAAGCCAUCUCAAAGCAAAGCUUAAUGCCCUCCAGGAACAAAUGCAGAAAAUGCAGGCAUCAGCUCAACUUGCUGGGGUCACCCUUCAGACCAUCAACACAUCAUCUUUUAUGCCUACUUCCCAAACACCUGUUUCAGCAUUUCAAGGGGAUGACAUGGAUUUUGGUGAUGUGAUUUGGUCCCAACAAGAGAUAAACAGAUUAUCAAGUGAAGUCUCCCGGCUGGAAAGUGAAUUGGCCCAUUGGAAACAGAUUGCUCAGGCACCAAAAAGCCAAGGAACACAAAAGACUGACACAAAUGAGAUCUGUGUAUUGCAAAAUGUUAUUAAGGAGCUGAAGCAGAAGCUGAGUCAUGAAAUAGAUGAGCAUCAACAUGAGCUGUCAGUGCUACAAGAUGCACAUCGGCAAAAGCUGACAGAGAUCACCCGACGACACCGAGAGGAAUUAGGGGAGUAUGAAGAGAGGAUUGAAGAAUUGGAGGAACAGUUACAGCCAGGUACCAGCAGUGAGGUCACAGAUCAGUCCAAAGUGCUCGAGUUGCAGAAGAGAAUUCAGGCAAUAGAACUUGAGAAGGAAGAAAAUACAAGUAGAAUUCAGGAACUUGAAGACAAAAUAAUAGGCAUGAACAAUCUAAUCACUUCAUUAGAAAAUGAAAAACACAGUGUAGUUAAGGAUCACAAAGAAGCUGUGGAUGAAAAAAAUAGAAUGGCGCAAAAUUAUGAGAAGCUUAAAUUGGAAAUUGCUAAUCAGGAGUCAGUGGGAGAGAGUGCAGACUCGGAGAAAGUGAUACUGUUACAGGAAGAAGUUCGUCAACUUCAAGAAGCUUUGCAUGAGAAAGAAAGAAAAAGCAGAAGCUCUGCAGACCAGCAGGAUGCAACAUUGAAAGAAGAAAGUCUCAAGAAUUUAGAACUGGAAAAUAAACUCAUGGCUUUUCACGAAGAAAAUAAAAAGUUGCUUAUAGAUAAGGAAGAACUACAAAGAAAACUGGACAUUGUCCAAUCUGCUGCUAACAGGGACUCUGAUUUAGAAUUAAAAUUACAACAGUUAAGCAAAGAGCUUGAAGAAAGCCAAUUAAAAGUAAAGGAUAAUUAUGAAGAAAAGAAGUCAUUGUCUGCAGAACUAGAAGAGCUUGACAAACAGAAUCAGGAAGCCAUGCAGCAUCUUCUGUUAAUGAAGGAGCAGUUGUCUAAGCACCGAGAUGAAAUGGAAACAAGCAUUACCCAUUUACAAGAGCAGUUAGAAAAUGAAAAAAAGAAAUUUUCAGAUGCUGAAAUGGAAAAUAAAGAUUUACAAAUAAAAUUCCGAAUACAGGAAGAUAAACUAAGCCAGAGUUUAGAAUUAUAUAACACUAUGCAAGUUACAAAUCAACAGCUUUCAUUUGAAGUGCAAGAGCUAAUUAGUAAGCUUGAAACUAUGGAAAAUUCUAAUAUUGGCAUUAAAAGAGAAAAUCAAGAACUUCAGGAAAAGCUGAAGCAAGUGACAGAACAACUUUCUAGAAUAGAAUCUCUUCCUCAAUCCUUAGACACAAGUAAAGUAGGGGAUGAACCAGAGAAAUUAAUUACAGAGCUUUCAGAGAUCAACCAAAUAAAAGAAGAAUUAGAGAAAGUUAUAUGUGAUCUGAAGAUGGAAAAUGAAAUGUUGCUGUCUACGCAAGAGCAAACAAAAGUUAAGUUUGAAGAAACAAUUGCAACUAAAAACAAAGAUUCCCUUGAAAAAAAGACUAUAAUAGAGGCAUUGAGAAUGGAAAAAUGUCGUCUGGAAACUGAGCUUAACCAAAGUGAAAACAGGCUGCUUGAUCAAGCUCAAAAGUAUGAACACACUAUAGAAGAAUUGUCUGCUGCCCAGAAAAUGGACACAUCAGCUCUGCAGCGGGAACAUGAGCGCCUUUUAAAACUCAAUCAAGAGAGAGAUUUUCAACUAGCAGAAAGCAAAAGAAUGAUAGAGCAAAUAGAGAAUGAUUAUGAGGAAACCAAGGAAAUUCUAAAUAGCAGCUUAGUGGGACAGAAACAGCUGGCUGAACUAUUAAAAGAGAAGGAGACAUUUGUCGAGCAACUUAAGGAAAGAAACACUGAAUUACAGGAGGAGAUUGAGCAGUUGUCUAAAACAUCUAAAGAACGUAAUCUUUUAAGACAGAAUAUUGAAGAAAAAGACAAAAGCCUUGCUUCCAUGAAAGAAGAAAACAACCACUUAAAGGAAGAGAUAGAACGCUUAAAGGACCAGCAGAGUCGAUCUCAAGCAGCUGUUGAACCAAAAACUUUAGAUAUUAUUACAGAACUUGAAGCUGAGAUAACGCAACUAACUAAAGUUCGAAACAGUUACGAAGAAGAACUUAAACUCCAGAAAAAAGCAGUUGAAAAACAAAAUUACAGCACCAUGCAGCUUCAGCAGACUUUGCAAGAAAAGACAAAGGAAAUGGAUGAGGUUAAAUUACAGCAAAAGCAAACGGUUGAUACAUACGAGAAGCUUCUCUCUGAAAAAGACAGCGAGAUUUCCAGUCUGCAGCAAACAAAUGAGCUGAUCAGUUCGCAGUUACAAAGUGAGCAUGUUUAUCACACACAGUCUUCUGUCAUAUUACCUGAUACCAAAACACAAACAAUGAAUGGGGAAAAUGGGGUUGAAAAACAUGAUUUGUCCAAAGCAGAGAUUGAAAGGCUGGUAAAGGGAAUUAAAGAGAAAGAAAUGGAGAUAAAAAUUCUUAAUGAGAAGAACAGUACUCUGUCAAAGCAAAUUGAUCAGUUGUCAAAAGAUGAAGUUGCCAAACUCACUCAGAUUAUUCAGCAGAAAGACUUAGAGAUACAAACUCUACAUGCAAGAGUCUCUUCGGUAACUUAUAUGCAAGAUGUAGUAUAUUUACAGCAACAGCUGCAAGCAUAUGCAAUGGAGAGAGAGCAAGUGCUAGCAGUCUUAAGUGAGAAGACAAGAGAGAACAGUCAACUCCGAACAGAAUAUCAUAAAAUUAUGGAUGUGAUGGCUGCUAAAGAGUCAGCACUACUGAAAUUGCAAGAAGAAAACCAAAGAAUGUCACAUACCCAAGAGGGUAGCACCCAAGAUAUGUUUAGGGAGACUAUUCAAAACUUAUCCAGAAUUAUUAGGGAGAAGGACAUUGAAAUAGAUGCAUUGAGUCAGAAAUGCCAGACUUUGGUCACUGUUCUCCAGACAUCCACCUCAGGAAACAGCAAUGAACCUGGCAGUGUCAACAGCAACCAGUUUGAGGAACUUUUGCAGGAGCGUGAUAAACUGAAACAACAAGUUAAAAAAAUGGAGGAAUGGAAGCAACAAGUGAUGACCACUGUUCAAAAUAUGCAACAUGAAUCUGCCCACCUUCAAGAGGAGCUUCAUAAGCUUCAGGGACAAAUUGCAGUGGAUAGUGAUUCCAGUUCUAAGCUCCAAGUGGACUACAGUAGUCUAAUUCAAAGCUAUGAACGGAAUGAAGAAAAACUAAAAGGCCUUAGUGUUGAACUGAGUAAUGUACAGCACAGUAUUGGGCAGUUAAACAGUAGUAAGGAAAUUCUUUUGUGUAAACUUGAAACGGUUCAUCCUCAGUCUAAUACCACUUCUACUGGCUCUGUUUCAGAAAGUUUAGCAGUUGUAGGUAAUGAUCAAUUAAGUGAUCAGAUCAAACCUGUUUUACAGGAAUGUGAACGACUUAAGAUGGAAGUUCAGAAACAGGAGGCCAUUAUCAGAACACUUCAGGAAAAUAACCAAAGACUGUCAGACUCACUAGCUUCAGUUUCUGAACAGGGUCGAAAGGGUCAGGAGGAAAGCACUCUUGGGCUGAGAAUUGUCAAGGAGAAGAACGAGCAGUUACAGAAAUCAUUGAAAGAGAAGGACCUUUUAAUAAAAACAAAAGGGGAUAAGUUAAAUUCUGUAAAUGAGAACCUUAGGAGCAAAGAAAAUGAAAAUGAGUUGCUGAAGCAAGCAGUCACAAAUCUCAAAGAACGAACUCUAAUUUUGGAGCUGGACAUUCGUAAACUGAAGGAGGAAAAUGAAAAAAUAAUGGCAAAAGGUAUGGAGAAGGAAACAGAGUUCAGAGCUUUACAUGAAACAAACAUGCAGUUUUCCAUGAUGCUGAGAGAGAAAGAAUUUGAGUCCACCUCAAUGAAAGAGAAAGCAUCUGCCCUAGAAAAUCUUCUUAAAGAGAGAGAACAGGGCAAAGCUGGAGAACUUAACCAGUUGCUGAAUGAAGUGAAAUCAAUGCAAGAAAAGGCAGUUUUGUUUCAGCAUGAAAGAGACCAAGUUAUGUUGGUCCUGAAGCAGAAGCAAAUGGAAAGCGUAUCUUUGCAAAAUGAGGUUCAACAUCUACGAGACAAGGAGCAGCGGUUAAAUCAGGAAUUAGAUAGAUUAAGAAAUCACCUGCUGGAGAUGGAAGACAGUUAUACCCGGGAAGCAGUCGCUGCCGAGGACAGAGAGACAGAGCUAAGAAAAAAAGUAUCUCGUUUGGAAGACAAAUUGCUGUCCUCAUCCAGUGCUGUUGAAAAUGCCAGCCACCAAGCAUCAAUGCAAGUGGAGUCUUUGCAGGAGCAACUGAACCUGGCAUCAAGGCAAAGAGAUGAAGCUUUACUUCAGUUUAAUCUCUCACAAGAGCAGUGCAAGCAAUAUGCACUGUCCCUCGCCAACCUACAGAUGGUGCUAGAGCAAUUUCAACAAGAAGAGAAAGCCAUGUACUCAGCAGAGCUUGAAAAGCACAAAAAGCAGGCAUGUGAAUUGAAACAAAAAGUUGAAAUUCUAGAAAAUAAGGCUUUGUCUUUAAAGGAAAAGCUGGAUGAAGCUAAUGUUGCUCUGGAAUCAGCAUCUCGGCUUACUGAGCAACUAGAUAUUAAGGAGGAACUAAUUGAGGAGCUGAAAAGACAAGGUGAUCUAAAGCAAGAGAUGUUGGAAGAUGCUCAGAACAAACUAAUGAAUCUUUUGAACAGCACAGAAGGAAAAGUGGACAAAGUUCUAAUGAGGAACCUUUUUGUUGGACACUUUCAUACUCCGAAGAAUAAACGCCAUGAAGUAUUGAGGUUAAUGGGAAGCAUUCUCGGAAUAAAGAAAGAAGAAAUGGAUGAGCUCGUGGUAGAUGAACAUCGUGGUGUUUCCAGAUGGAUGACUGGAUGGCUUGGUGGAGGAGGAUCCAAAAGUGUACCCAGCACACCCCAAAGGCCAAACCACCCCUCACUUUUCAAUACUUCAUUUUCCGAACUGUUUGUAAAGUUCCUGGAGACAGAAUCACAUCCCACACCUCCUCCACUCAAACUCACUAUGCAAGAACUGACCCCUUCGAGACCAGCCUCCACUCUGAAUCCAAGCGGAUCCCUCGCCACCAGUGUUGCAGGAACAAUGGUGUCUGGAUCAAGAAGACAGGAGUCCAAUCCCUUCCUGGCACCUCGUUCUGCAGCUGUACCACUAAUCUCAACAUCCAGCCUGGGAGGUAGCGCAUCAGGACAUCUCCUCAUGAAGCCAAUAUCUGAUGCCUUGCCCACAUUCACCCCUCUGCCAGUGUCCUCAGAAUCCAGUGCAGGGGCAGUGCUGAAGGAUCUCCUGAAGCAAUAGACUAACUGAAGCCAGUAUCUGGAGCAUUGUAGCACUUUAAGCAAAAAACACUAUUGUAUAUAAUAGACCCCAAAGAGGCCUUUUGUACAAUCAGAUAAUGGAUAUCACAACCAUUUCCUUAUUGAAACCUAUAGAUACUUGGUUUGCGUGUUGUUUGGACCUGAUCAAAUCACAGACAGGAUUAUUAUGGAGCAGCUGCCAAAUUAUUGUCCAUGUUGGUUCAAUCCAGAACUCAUAAGAUGUCUAGUUCUAGCAUAUUUUGCACAUUAGUUUUACUACUGGUAACAACCUAAACCACUGCAAAGCUUGGUUUGUCAUUUGUGUAAUGUAACAGUGCAAUCGGCACUAAGAGUGCAAUAAGAAGCAAUGCCCUGCUUCUAGGACUUGCAAAUAAAGUAAUACAAGACUUCAAGUGGUGGGUACUUGGAAUCCUCUCAGCUGCCAAACCUAGGAAAUAGUGUUACAGGCAGGACAUUAGCUUCCAGCAAUUCUGCAUUGGGGCACCCUGCUUUUCAGCUUGAUAGCCCAUGAGUGAUAAUCACUUUUAUCACUCACUAAAAACUUUUCAUCUCUCCAGCUUUCCAAUGAAGUCAUCAGUAGCCAGCAUUAUUCAUCUCUCUGCUUGAAGUAUUCAGCUCCAACAACAAUGAUUUUAAUGAUUACUUUUAAGGAAUUAUAUUUUUGGCCAUAGGGAUCAAAAGAAUUGUAGUGUUCCUCAGUCUUAAUGAUUCUAAAAAAAGAAGGGAGGGGGGAAUAACCACAAAUGUGGCACCGAUUACAGCCGAUUUUCUUUUCACACUAGUUCACAAAAGGCUACAUAUUGAGGGUUGAGAUAUCUUCGUAUCUCAUAUUUGGUUAUGUUUGAUGUACCAGAUGCUCAUUUAAUCACCAAUACUGUCUCAGGCUAGGAUGGCCAGAUCACUUGAAAAUUCAGCGACACAUUUAGAAAAUCAAUAAGUGCGGCCCUGUAGCAUGCAUUUAUUAGACAUGUCCUUGUAUUUUCAAGUGAUCUGGUCUCUCCAUCUUCCUGUUUUAUACAUUUAAUAUUCGAUUACACCAUCUCACAUUAAAGCUACCAUAUGCAGUUCCUCGAAGGAUUCAGUCUGCCCCUUGCAUAAACUAUAUGUCCGGAUCUUUUGUUAUUUAAUAUAUUUACUGAUGUACAAUUAUUUCCUGUUUACUUUUACGAGUUAAUAUAGAUUGCCAUCGAUUGUGUGAAUAUUCUGUAUAGAAAAUAAAAACUAAAUGAAGGGC